AUGGCACUUGCAUCGAUCACAGCAAGUAUUGAAGCGUUAACUCUUGCUGCCAAAGCAGAAAAGGAUGCCAAGGCGUUGUGUGAUAAGAAAGGAGUUGUACCAUCUGAUGGAUCCUUUCCGAAGAUCAUGGCGCCUGGAAAAUUGGCGGAAGGCACUGUCAACAUCAAGAGUAACGUGUUCCCCAUGAAGAUACAGACUAUGAGUGGCAAAAUGUACAUGUACUCUUUGGUCAUAUAUGCCAAUUACCAGAGUGGAAAGGACGUUAUCCGUCGUGCUUGGAACGCGGAGAUCAAGUCUGAGUAAGUUUGAAGGUUCUUUAGGUUUAAUUGUUUUUUUGGCAUUGUAGGAAAUAUUGUUGUAAUAGAACAGAGGUAUUGUUAUAAAGGCUUGAAGUGUUUGCAUUUGAGACGGUUACUUCUUUUUGAUGUAAUUAUUUGGGUAUAUAUUUUAUGUUUUUAGUUACUACGUCGUGGAGUUUCGCAGAAAGUGUUUUACCGCUUGGCAAUUCAUGAUUCGCAAGAACCCUAACAUCUUCCCACCUGCCGAAAAGUGUGCUUACGACUGCGGAGGCUUCUUCUACACGUCGGAGAAGUUGGAUAUGCCAUCAUCGGUAAGUUGUUUUAAAGGUUUGCUUAGCUUUUAAGGGUUGUUUUUUUUUAUUAAUACAGUGGAACUUCUGUCUAGCUAAUUGUCCAGGGAUUUUAGAUUUGUUUGUUAUAAAAGAGUUUUGGUGUAAAAAGAAAUUUUAAACGCUGUUGGCGCAGUUAAAAGUUAUUCGUUAUACGAGGUUUCCGUUAUAGAUAAAUUUUUAUAAAGUUAAGUUCUACCACAGUCUUAAAAUGAAAUGUAACUUUGUUAUUUUAGAAAGAGCUUCUUUUGUCCGUCAAACGUGAAAACGACAAUGAUUUUCCCUUCUCUGGUAGUUGUACAGAGCUAGAGUUUUUGAUCAAGGAGAGAGAUUACCUUGACCUCGAGAUUUGUACUUCUGGCGGAGGAGAGAUCACCGAUAUUCAUAAGUUGGAGCGAUGCAUGGAUGUCGUAACUAAUAUGGCUAUUAUGGAGGAUGAGUAAGUUUGAAUUACCAUAGGAUUCUUUUUUGCACCAAAAGAAGCAUUUUGUGAUGUUAUUUUUUUAGGGACAAUCACGUUUGUUAUGAAAACAAUACGAGUUACCUCCUAAACCCUGGAAGGUUUGGAUUCCGUCAAGGCGACGCUCCUUCUCUGCCCAGAGAAGCUUAUGUUGGAUUGGGAUGUUCGAAGAGUGUUCACAUCUUUAGAACUGAGGGUGGAACUGCACCGGCGAUGGUUAUUGAAAGUAAGUUUAUUGAAUUUAUGGAUUGUAUAUAUUGAUAAUUUCAAAUUGUAACUUUCUUAUUUAGCUAAAAAGACGCCAUUCCACAAUUGUCUUCUGGUUUCUGAGAAGUUGCUUCGCAUCUUCCCAAAGAUUGAGCAGAAUUUCAUUGCAUAUAGAUCGAUUGCCUACGACUUGGUUAAGGGAUUGGUUGUCAGUCCAGUUCACUCAAAGAGAGACAGACCACCUGUUCAUCAAGUCAAGGAGUUGUCUGAUCAAGACGCGCAUCACACGACUUUUAAGUGGGAGAACCAGGAGAUUACAGUGUUUGAAUACUUCAAACAACGUCAUGGCAUCGAAUUGGUUCAUCACAAGCUGCCUUUGUUGGUGAGCUACGAUCGUGAGAAGAAAAAACAGUUCUUGCCUAUGGAAUUGUUCAUGAUCUGCGACAACCAGAGAGUCAAGAGCCAGCAGUCUCACUCUGAUCAAAUCGCGACUCUAAUCAAGGUAAGAGAUGAUUUUGGAUGUUUAUAAUGAUUUUUUAGGUUUGUGCUGUUCUUCCCAGAGUUUUGGAACAACAAGUCUACAACAACGCCUCUUCUCUUCAUCUCUUGGACAGUCAGUAUUUGUCUGGAUUUGGAGCUCAAGUUGGUACCAAUCCAAUUUGCGUAAGUUUGUGUUUCAACGUUGCCAUGAUGUUGUUUUAGGCUGUGGGACGUCUUCUUCCACAUCCUGGUCUGAUGUAUCGCAAUCAGCAGAUUUCCCAGUUUGAUCCCGUUAGAGGAAACUGGAGAUCGAACAACUUCUGUCGUCCAUCGACCCUUCUUGUAUGGGGAGUCUACGUGUUUGAUGCUGAAGGAAAUUGGGAGAUGCCACAACUGAAGAGAUUCGCCGAGGAGUUUUACAAGGCUUGUCUGGCUAAGGGUAUGCAAGUCAAUCCCCCUAAAGACAUGAAGGUGUUCCCUCGCUCUGAAGCAAAGAAUAUGGGUGGUGUGUUUGCCAGGGCCUCUGAUGGAUCUUGUCAGUUCAUUUUCUUCAUUACUUCGAAGCUCGACAAUUUGAUUCACAGUAAGUGUUAUUUACACGGAACGCGCAACUACAUUCUGGUUGUUGGUAUAUUUUGAUUUUAUUGUUUUAGGAGCCAUCAAGUAUAAUGAACGCAAGUACGGUAUUGUUACCCAGAAUGUCCUCACGAGUACUGCUGCCGCUGCAUGUGGUUUGUCUGGUCCACCGAAGAGACUCACCAUGGAGAAUCUUGUUAACAAAGCCAACGUCAAGUUGGGUGGUUUGAACUACCAUGUUGCUGACAUGCAACAGAAGAAACUGGUUGGUGAAGACGAUCUGUUCAUUGGUUUUGCUAAGGAUAUUGGUGCUGCUGCGAGUGGCAGUGCUGGCGAAAAUGUUGUUCCUCAUAAUAUGACUACCACUCCCACUGUUGUUGGAUAUGCUGCUAACGAUAUUCAAGAUUCUCUUGCUUUCACUGGUGAUUUUGUCUUCCAAGAAGGUGUCAAACAGGAAAAGUUGAGCAUCAUCGUCAAGGUCGUCAACAACGUUCUGAAGCGUUACGAAGAUAACCGUGGAAAGAAGCCGCAAAGAGUAUUCAUCUACCGGAACGCGAUCGCUGAAUCUAGUUAUCCAUUCGUAAGUUUUUGUUUUAAUUUGGCAGUAACUUUUGUUGUAGGUUCUCAAGUACGAGAUUCCUUUGCUGAAGGAUGCGGUCAAGAAGGCUGGUGUUGAAACUUUUGUCUACCUGGUUCCAAACCGAUUGCACAAUGUUCGCGUGUUUCCAGCGAAACCAACAGGUGAGAAACCUCCAGAACAGAAUUUGAAGCCUGGAACCGUUUUGGAUUCUGCUUUGGUUUCUGCCAACAUCACCGAAUUCUUUUUGUGUGGCCAUGUUGCUCGUCUUGGUACCGCCAAAGUUCCACGUUAUUCGGUUCUUAGCAAUGAAUCUAAUGUGUCAAUUGACGAACUUCAAAAGCUCACGUAUCAUUUGUCGUAUGGUCAUCAGAUUGUCACUGGAGCUACUGCUCUUCCUUCUCCCGUCUUCAUCGCCAAGAGAUACGCUGAACGUGGACGUCUCACUAUGCCUUUGGCUUCAAGUGAAGUGUAAGUUGUAUAGUUAGUUUGAUAAGUGACUGUUUUAGCGAGCCAAAGGAAACUGGAAGCUCUUCCUCAUCUGAUGGAUCGACUAAUUCCCAGGUCGAACACUUAAACGCCAAGUUGCAGUAUGCCAAGUCCACCUUGCGCAACCAACGUGUCAACGCCUAG